ACCGCCCGCAACCGGGAAAUGGUCGACCCGACUCGAUUUGUGUUGGUAACUGAAAAGUUCGCGACUAUCCCCUCCGAGAGAUAAAAGUAGUAGAAUGAUGAAAUCCCAGCACCGUUCAGGCUUCAGUUUGUUUUCUUUUUGAUUGAAUUGGGUUUUCGAGUCACAGGGAAGCAGAUAGCGAGAUCUAAAUACGCCAUAGGAGUGGAACUUGGAAUUAAUUUUCGCAAAACCCACAAGUAGAGGAGUUGAGUAUUGCGGCAGUAUUCUUUUGCUUGCUGGGUUUCUUCGUUCGUGCCUCGUGGUGUGUAAUUCUGGCUCAUGCCAUGCUUUAGCUCGGGACUUCUGGAUUUCCUCUUCAAGACAAAGCCUUCAAUGUGCCUUCAGCUGUUACAGACUUUCAUAACACCAAACAUUAGUUCCAAAUCCGACUAAUUUCAAAUCACCAAGAGCAACUAUGUCACUCACAUGUAAUGAUUCCACAGAGAGGAUUCAAAAGUUGAAUAUUGAAAAUGGUGAUUCUUUUUCACAUCCAGAGCUACUUAAAUAUAAAAGACGUAAAGUCUCUGUUGUUCGAGAUUUCCCUCCCGGCUGUGGUCGAAGUCUUUUGCAAAACACUUCAACCGUAACAAAAGGUGUGAUAGGUGAUAUAAUUGAGAGUCCUCCUUCACUGCAUCAUGAAGUGUUGGGAAGCGUGGAGAUGCCAAAUGCAAAUACCACUUUAGAAGCUACCAUAAAAAGAACUAAUAUUUCGUGUCUAGAGGAUGGGCACAAAACAGCGAAUGUUGAAUCAUCAUUGUUGAAUGAGGAUUUGGAAGGCAAAGAUGAAUCUUUUAAAAAUAUAAAAAAUUCUAUUGGAGAUGAACCUUCUUUGAAAGAUUUGCAUGGAGUGGUUGUUUCUGGCAUAGGGGAAGAGGUACUUGAGCCCAGUAAGUCGAGACCUUGCUCAUCACCUGAUGGCACUACCUUUGUUUCUAAUGGCAAGGACGUGAAAGAACUUGUGGUAAGAAAAUACCCUCCUAGAAGAAAAGUUUCGGCUAUUAGAGAUUUUCCUCCCUUUUGUGGCCAAAAUGCCCCUCCUUUAUCCAAAGAGAAGGGUUCCCUCGUGAUUGUCUCUCAGAAUAAUUUCGAGCAUCAGUAUAAGCUAUCGAAAUUGGAUAAGGAUGAUGAAUGUGUGGGAGAUAAUGCUCGCAAAGAAGAAUGCAAUAUUGAAUUGGUAGAGGAUGUGACCAAGUUAACCGUGGAUAAAAUUUGUACUGAUGUGAUGGUGGAACCUAUUAAAGCAACAAAGAUGGACGAUAAAUGUGGUUCAAAAAACAAAUGUACAUCAGAACGAACGAAAACUUCUUGUAGUGAUCAAUUCAAGUUUGAUAAGAAGCGUAAGAGUACUCUGAAUGAAGUGAAGGAAAUUAUGGAGAAGGAAAUAGAGGUUUACACUAGAGAGGUGCCUUCAGAAGAAAAUAUUUCAAAUAUUCCCUCCCGUCAGAAUCAGUUGAAACUUGUACCUUGCGAGCAAACUCUUGCAGCUGAGAGACCUGUUGUGUUAGGUCUUAUGGCUUCAUCGACUUGUCCUUGGAGGCAAGGCAAAUUGAACCUCAAGCCCUCUCCAGGAGGUGGAUCAAAUGGGAAAAAAGUGAAGAAGCGUGACUUGAGGCAAUUAGAGAAAACAAAAUCAAUCUUAAAAGAGGAUGGAAAAGAGUAUCAGAAAAAUUCUUCAAAGACAUCUAUUGUUGAAAAAGAUGUUAAUGGGGAUAUGCAUCAGCUAGUUGUUGCAGGUAGCAUGGACACAAGUAUCAAUGUUGAUGAAAAUAACAAUUCUCAUGUGAAUUAUAGAUCCAAUAAUACUAAUGUGAGCCUUAUUCCAUUUUCUCAAAUUAAUGAAAGUGGAAGUGAGCAAGGGAGUGAUUCUAAAGGUACUAGGACUAGAGUAAGGGAGACAUUGAGACUUUUCCAUGCUGUAUGUAGGAAGCUCUUGCAAGAAGAUGAAGCUGGAAAAAAGGUCCAAGGAAGUGCACCUAGGAGGAUUGAUUUUAUAGCAGCAAAAAUUCUUAAGGAUAAAGGGAAAUAUGUUAAUGUGUGCAAACAAAUUUUAGGACAAGUCCCAGGAGUCGAAGUUGGUGAUGAGUUUCGAUAUAGGAUAGAACUUAAUAUUAUUGGACUUCAUCGCCAAACUCAGGGUGGGAUAGAUUAUGUGAAGUGCGGUCAAAAGAUUCUUGCUACUAGUAUUGUUGCUUCGGGGGGCUAUGCUAAUAACCUCGAUAACUCAGAUGUCUUGAUUUACACAGGACAAGGAGGAAAUAUGAUGCAUUCAGACAAAAAACCCGAAGACCAAAAGCUUGAACGAGGAAAUCUUGCAUUGAAGAAUAGUUUUGAUGAAAAGAGUCCGGUUAGAGUGAUUCGUGGCUCUGAGUCAUCUGAUGGAAGAACAUAUGUCUAUGAUGGGCUAUAUUUGGUGGAGAAAUGGUGGCAAGAUAUGGGUCCUCAUGGUAAGCUUAUAUUCAAGUUUCAGUUGUGUCGAAUUCCAGGUCAGCCUGAACUUGCUUGGAAAGAAAUAAAGAGGUCUAAAAAGUUCAAAGUAAGAGAAGGUCUUUGCGUUGACGAUAUUUCUCAAGGAAAAGAAUCAGCUCCUAUUUGUGCAGUGAACAUCAUAGAUAAUGAGAAGCCACCACCAUUUAAUUACAUCACUAAAAUGAUAUAUCCUGACUGGUGUCGCCCACUUCCUCUUAAGGGUUGUGAUUGUACAGACGGGUGCUCAGAUUCAGAGAGAUGUUAUUGUGCGGUCUUAAAUGGAGGAGAGAUCCCAUUUAAUCACAAUGGGGCAAUUGUUGAGGCAAAGACUCUUGUCUAUGAGUGUGGUCUUUCAUGCAAGUGUCCUCCUUCUUGUCAUAAUCGAGUUAGUCAACAUGGUAUCAAAUUUCAGCUGGAAAUUUUUAAAACCAAAUCAAGGGGAUGGGGUGUGAGAUCCCUAAAUUCAAUCCCCUCAGGAAGCUUUAUUUGCGAGUAUAUAGGGGAACUUCUCGAGGAUAAGGAAGCAGAGCAGAGAACUGGUAAUGAUGAGUACUUGUUCGAUAUUGGGAAUAACUAUAGUGACAAUUCUCUUUGGGAUGGACUUUCAACCCUCUUGCCUGAUGCACAAGCGAAUGCUUGCGAUAUCAUGGAGGAUGGAAGUUUUACCAUUGACGCGGCAAGCUAUGGGAACAUUGGGAGAUUUAUCAACCAUAGUUGUACACCCAAUCUUUAUGCCCAAAAUGUGCUUUAUGAUCAUGAGGAUAAGAGAAUUCCGCAUAUUAUGUUCUUUGCCGCUGAGAACAUUCCUCCUUUACAAGAACUAUCUUACCAUUACAACUAUAUGAUGGAUCAAGUUCGUGAUUCAGAAGGAAAUAUUAAAAAGAAGAGAUGUUAUUGUGGUUCUGCAGAAUGUACUGGUUGGAUGUAUUGAGUAUUAACCAAGAUGUUUCAUUCAAUCAACAGGACUGCAUAUUUCUUCUUAGGUAGAAGAAAUGGCGUGGAAACUCUCCAUUUUUUUGAGUAGCUGUUAUGCAGCCUACUUUUGAUCAGAAUAGAGAUGUCUUUGAGGCAGAAGUUGCCAGCUUGUGCUAUUUCGAGUUGAAGUUACAUUCAGAUGGCAAUGUGAUGAAAAGAAUGGCUUUACUUGACACAACAGGCGUGGCUGUGAUGACAGGGUCAGGGCGGCACUUCGGUCUCAUUGAGGAUGUAUCUAACUCAUCUGUUGUUGGCAAAGAUUUUAGUAUGGAAUUACACACAUAUACAAUUUUCAGGUUGCAAAACAUGAGUUUGAAUUUUCUUUUUAAAUGGAGAUACUUCGGCCUUUUAUGAUAA